AAAGAUCAGGUCACAUUGGAGUGCGUAUCUUUUCUUUAUUUUAAGAAAUCAAGACGAAGGAUUUCAGAAGUUUGAAGAUUGGAUGGAGAAAAAUUAAGAUAUGGGUUUUGAAUAACGUUGAAAAGGGUAUCUGUAAAGCUUCUCUAGUGUAAUCCCGGAGUGCGAGCGCCGCCGAGGCAACCACCGGCGCAUUGAAUGUUCAGUUAGGGCACAAACAAACAGAAUAAAAAUGAGCAGUGGCGAUGAAUUGAAGUCAGCAAGCUCCGAAUUGGAAUUGGAUCGACCUAAUAUUGAAGAUUAUCUUCCUUCUGGAUCCUCCAUUCAUCCAGAACCGCUCGGCAAGCUUCGCCUGCGCGAUUUGCUGGACAUUUCACCGGCACUAACUGAGGCUGCUGGUGCCAUUGUUGAUGAUUCUUUUACACGAUGUUUCAAGUCGAUUCAUUCUGAACCAUGGAAUUGGAAUAUGUAUCUGUUUCCCAUGUGGUGUUGCGGCGUCAUAAUUCGAUAUGGGAUUUUGUUCCCGAUCAGGGUUUUGGUACUUCUGAUAGGGUGGAUAAUCUUCCUCUCAGCGUACAUUCCUGUGCAUUUUCUACUCAAAGGCCACGAGAAGUUGAGAAAAAACUUAGAGAGGUGUUUGGUGGAGUUAAUUUGCAGCUUCUUUGUGGCAUCAUGGACUGGAGUUGUCAAGUACCAUGGGCCACGUCCUAGUAUCCGGCCCAAACAGGUUUUUGUUGCAAAUCAUACCUCCAUGAUUGAUUUCAUCAUCUUAGAACAGAUGACGGCGUUCGCUGUUAUUAUGCAAAAGCAUCCUGGCUGGGUUGGACUUUUGCAAAGCACUAUACUAGAGGGUGUUGGAUGUAUAUGGUUCAAUCGUUCAGAGGCAUCGGAUCGUGUAAUUGUAGCAAAAAAGUUACGGGAUCAUGUUCAGGGGGCUGACAAUAAUCCUCUUCUCAUCUUUCCUGAGGGGACCUGUGUAAAUAACCACUACACUGUAAUGUUCAAGAAGGGUGCAUUUGAACUGGGCUGUACUGUGUGCCCGAUUGCAAUCAAAUACAAUAAAAUUUUUGUUGAUGCUUUUUGGAACAGCCGGAAGCAGUCUUUCACAACGCAUCUGCUACAACUCAUGACAUCAUGGGCUGUUGUUUGCGAUGUGUGGUACUUGGAGCCACAAAACCUGAAACCUGGAGAAACAGCCAUUGAGUUUGCAGAGAGGGUCAGGGACAUAAUAUCUGUACGAGCAGGUCUUAAAAAGGUUCCUUGGGAUGGAUAUCUGAAGUAUUCUCGCCCUAGCCCAAAACAUAGAGAGGGAAAGCAACAAAGCUUUGCCGAGUCAGUGCUACGACGCUUGGAGGAGAAGUGAUUAAAUAUUUGUGGUUUUGGUCUUUUGUAGUAGUGUUUAAACCAAAUAGGGUCAGAUUUGGGCAUUUGGCAUACUUGUUAUCUAAGUGCAGACUUGGAUCCUUACCAACAAAUCGCUUGUUUGGGAUUUUACUUUCUCAAGUACACAAUGGAAUUUCUCAAAAGUCUCGAUUUUUCCUCA